AUGACGCCCCCAAAUCCCGUAGCGCGACCCACAACCCUCAACUUCAUCACGGGCAACGCCAACAAGCUCGCGGAGGUGCGCGCCAUCCUGGCCAACGAGGGCGGAACGGGUGGCGUGGACCUGCAGAGUAAGGACGUGCCGGGCCUGGAUGAGAUUCAGGGCUCGAUCGAGGAGAUUGCGAGGGAUAAGUGUCGGAGAGCGGCUGAGAGUGUCGGAGGUCCCGUGCUAACAGAAGAUACGGCGCUCGAGUUCAAGGCCCUCAAAGGCCUGCCUGGACCCUAUAUCAAAUACUUCCUGGCCGCCCUCGGACACACCGGCUUGAACAACCUUCUCGUGGCAUACCCGGACAAAACAGCCUACGCUGUUUGCACAUUUGCAUACUGUGGUGGGCCAGGGCAAGACCCCAUCCUCUUCCAGGACCGCACCGAAGGCAAGAUUGUAGAUGCGCGGGGCCCACCAACGUUCGGUUGGGAUGCCGUGUUUGAGUAUGAAGGCGAGACAUAUGCCGAGAUGGACAAGGCGCGGAAGAAUGAGAUCUCACACCGCGGGAAGGCGCUUGCGAAAUUGAAGAAGUGGUUGGCUGGUGAGGAGGUGGAGACGCUGUGA